ACUCUGAGUAAUGAUGGGAACCAGCCGCCUACUGUUAGGCGGUUUUGUCUUAGCUGUCCUUUUGAAUCUCAAUGAUGGUGGUCUGGUGAAGAAAAUCCUGAGACAUCGGCGGCAAAUUCUGGCAGCUCCUGCCGUCGACAACAUCACCCUGCCGAACCCUCGCCAGCCAGUCGUCUUCAACCACGUCUACAACAUCAAAGUUCCGGCCGGUUCCCUGUGCUCCGUGGAUCUGGACUCGCCCGGCGGCACGGAACUCGAGCCGAAGGACGAUCCCGCCGGGACGCGCAUGACGGAGCACACGCUGGACGCGGAGAACCAGAUCGUCUUCACCCACCGCAUCAAGAUCCCCAAGCAGGCCUGCGGCUGCACCGACGGGAUGCCCGAGCUCAAGAGCCUGCUGAGCCGCCUGGAGAUGCUGGAGGGAGAGGUGUCCUCGCUCAGGGAGCAGUGCACCAGCGAUGGAGGCUGCUGUGGAGCCCAGGCCACAGGCAAUGUGGGUACAACGCCUUACUGCAGCGGCCAUGGCAACUUCAGCAACGACAUCUGCGGUUGUGUCUGUGAUCCCGGCUGGAAGGGACCCAACUGCUCCGAGUCGGAGUGUCCCGACGAGUGCUCCGACCAGGGCCGCUGCGUGGACGGAAAGUGCCAGUGCUUCGAGGGCUACGGCGGCCACAACUGCAGCCUGGAGAUCUGCCCGGUGGACUGCGGCAAGUACGGCGAGUGCAUCCGCGGCGUCUGCGUCUGCGUGGACGGCUACUUCGGCAAGGGCUGCUCCGAGUCGGACUGCCUGAACAACUGCCUGGGCCGCGGCCAGUGCGUGGACGGCGACUGCGUGUGCGAGGAGCCGUGGACGGGCUUCGACUGCUCGGAGCUCAUCUGCCCCAACGACUGCUACGACCGCGGCCGCUGCCUGAACGGCACGUGCCAGUGCGACGAGGGCUACGCGGGCGCGGACUGCGGCCAGCGCACCUGCCCCAACGACUGCACGGGCCGCGGCUUCUGCGUGGACGGCCAGUGCGUGUGCAGCGCCGGCUACACGGGCGAGGACUGCUCGUCGCUCACCUGCCUGAACGACUGCAGCGGCCGCGGCCAGUGCUUCAACGGCGUGUGCAUCUGCGAGACGGGCUACCAGGGCGAGGACUGCAGCCAGCUGGCCUGCCUCAACAACUGCCACCACCGCGGGCAGUGCAUCAACGGGCGCUGCCAGUGCGACGCCGGCUUCCAGGGCGAGGACUGCUCGGAGCUGUCCUGCCCCAACGACUGCCGCGGCCGGGGACGGUGCGUCAACGGGCAGUGCGUGUGCGACGAGGGCUUCGCCGGCGAGGACUGCAACGUGCGCACGUGCCCGUCCGACUGCUACGGGCGCGGCGACUGCGUGGACGGCAAGUGCGUGUGCCACGCCGGCUUCACCGGCGAGGACUGCAGCGAGCUCAGCUGCCCCAACGACUGCCAGGACCGCGGGCGCUGCGUCUCGGGCCAGUGCGUGUGCGACGAGGGCUUCACCGGCGAGGACUGCAGCCUGAAGGCCUGCCCCAACGACUGCCUGGGCCGCGGCCGCUGCGACGACGGACGCUGCGUCUGCCAGGAGGGCUUCGCCGGCGACGACUGCUCCGAGCUCACGUGCCCGGCCAACUGCAACGGCAGGGGCCGCUGCGUCAACGGCGCGUGCCAGUGCGAGGCGGGCUACGAGGGCGACGACUGCGGCCAGCGCAGCUGCCUGAACAACUGCCACGGGCUCGGCCGCUGCAUCGACGGACAGUGCGUCUGCGACGAGGGCUACAUCGGAGAGGAUUGCUCACUGGUGUCGCCUCCGAAGGACCUGACCGUGACGGACGUGAACACCGAGUCGGUCAACCUCACCUGGUUCAACGAGAUGCUGGUGACGGAGUACCUGGUCACCUACGUGCCCACGGCGCCCGGCGGCCUGCAGCUGGAGCGCACGGUGCCCGGCGACCGCACCGCGGCCACCAUCGACGACCUGGAGCCGGGCAUCGAGUACUUGAUCAAAGUCCACGCCGUCCUGAGCAACCAGAAGAGCGUGCCAGUCAGUGCCCGCGUAGCUACCCAUCUCCCGCAGCCAGAUGGCCUCAAGUUUAAGUCCGUCAGAGAUACAUCGGUGGAGGUGUUGUGGGACCAGCUUGACAUUCCGCACGACGGCUGGGAGCUCUCCUUCAGGAACACUAAAGAGGAGAAUGGGAAAAUCUUGAAUGCGCUGAACCGGGGGCAGACCAGCUUCGAGCAGUUUGGACUCGGACCCGGCCAGGAAUACGAGGUGUCGCUCGGGGUCGUCAAAAACAACACCAGAGGACCUCAGACGACCCAGACUGUUAUGACAAAACUGGACACUCCACGGCAGCUGGAGGUGCGUGAUGUGGCCGACAACAGCGCGGUCAUCUCCUGGUCUCUGCCAGUCGCCCAGAUCGACACCAUCACCCUGUCCUUCGGCCCCUCCUCCAACCCCGCCGACAGGAAGUCCGUGGACCUGGCCCCCACGCAGACACAGCACACGGCCGAAGGCCUGAGUCCAGACACGGAGUACGAGGUGACCCUGGUGUCCAAGAGAGGAGACAUGAGCAGCGACCCUGCCUCUGACACCUUCACCACAGACCUAGAUGCCCCCAUAGAUCUCCAGGUUGUGGGUCAGACAGACAGCACUGUGACCCUGGGGUGGACAAACAGCCAGGCUGAUGUGAGCAAGUACCGGGUCAAAUUCAGCCCCCUGUCUGGAACGGCUCAUGGAGAGGAGCUUUUCCCUGAGGGAGCAGGAGAUAAGACGGAGGUCACCAUCACAGGCCUGAAGCCAGGGACUGAGUAUGGCAUCGGCGUGAACGCUGUGAAAAAUGAGAGGGAGAGCCUGCCAGCGACAGUCACCGCCAUGACCGACCUGGACCCACCGAGGGACCUGGAGGUGACCGAGGCCACCGAGACGACCAUGACCGCGGCGUGGAAGAGGCCGAGGGCCAAGAUCGGCAAUUACAGGCUGGCCGUGGAGUCUGCGGACGGCAGACGAGACGAGCUGGAGGUGCCGGGUGACGCCACCACCCACACCCUCACCGGUCUCACCCCAGGCGUGCGCUACACCAUCACCCUGGUGGCGGAGCGCGGGCGGAAGAGGAGCGAGCCCGUCAGUACAUCUGCUUCCACAGAGGAGCGGAAGCCGCAGGUGGGGAACCUGACGGUGUCCGAUGUGUCCUGGGACAGCUUUAACGUGUCCUGGACCAUCGAGGUGGGCGAGUUUGAGGGCUUUGUCCUCGAGGUGGCCAACCUGGAGGGCGGCCCUGAGCGGCAGAAUCUCACGCUGUCCGGCGACGCCCUCAGUCUGUUCAUGUCCGGCCUGAGCCCCAGCUCCACCUAUAUGAUCGCUCUCUAUGGCCUCCACAAGGGCUACCUCCUGGGGCCUGUCUAUACUGUCGCCACCACAGAGGCCGAGCCAGAGAUUGAGCACCUCUUUGUGUCCGACAUCACCCCCGAGAGUUUCCGGAUUGCCUGGACCGCCGAGGACGGCGUCUUCGAUCGAUUCGUGAUCAAAGUUAGGGAUGCCAAAAAGCUUGCUCACCCGCAAGAGUUUAAUGUCGCUGGUGACGAGAGGACCAAAGUCAUGACUGAUCUAAUGGGGGGCACUGAGUAUGAGAUUGAACUGUACGGAGUCACUCUGGAACACCGAUCCCAGCCUUUAACUGCUGUUGCCAGAACAGGCCUCGGAGCUCCCCGGGGCAUCAGCUUCUCCGAUAUCACCGCCACGUCUUCCAUGGUCCACUGGACCGUUCCCCGCGCCAACGUGGACUCAUACCGCGUGACGUUUGUGCCCCUUCAGGGAGGCAAUCCCGAGACGGUGACGAUUGACGGGGUUCAGUCAGAAACUCUGCUUCCCAACCUGAUUCCUGGGGAGACUUAUCAAGUGACCGUGGUUGCUGUCAAGGGCUUGGAAGAGAGCGAACCUAUCACUGACACAAUGACUACAGCCCUGGAUAUGCCACGCAGUCUGACCGCGGUCAACGUCACUGACACCGAGGCUUUGUUGCUAUGGCAGCCUGCCAUUGCCACCGUGGACGGCUAUGUCAUCACAUACACCGCAGACACAGGGUCCCCAGUGACGGAGCGAGUGUCGGGGAACAUUGUGGAGUUUGAGAUGAACUCCCUGAGUCCCAACACCCCGUACACCGUCAGCGUCUACGCCACCAAAGAUGCGCUGAAGAGCCAGGCCGUCACCACAGACUUCACCACAGAGCUCGAUGCUCCGCGGGAUUUGGUGGCCACUAACGUCCUGACGGACAGCGCCAUGCUCACCUGGACCCCCCCUCGCGGCGCCAUCAGCGGCUACAUCCUGACCUUCAUGGCGUCCGACGGCACAGUCAGGGAAGUGGUCCUCGACGCCUCUGAAACUUCCUACAGUGCGACUGACUUGAGCAGCUCCAUGGAGUAUGUGGUGCGGCUGCAGGCUGUCGCCGGCGCCAAGAGGAGUCGUCACAUCUCCACCACAUUCACCACAGCUGGAGUCCUUUACAGCUUUCCUAAGGACUGCUCACAGGCACUACUGAAUGGGGAGAGUGCAUCUGGCCUGUACACCAUCUAUGUGGGAGGAAACAAGAACCAGCCCAUGGAAGUGUACUGUGACAUGGCCACCGAUGGCGGUGGAUGGGUGGUAUUCCUCAGACGUCAGAGCGGGAAAACUGAGUUCUUCAGGAAUUGGAGGAACUACACAAAUGGCUUCGGGGACAUGAUGGAUGAAUUCUGGCUCGGUCUGUCCAACCUGCACAAGCUCACCACCUCAGGUCCGUAUGAGCUGCGGGUGGACCUGAGAGAUGGCACUGAGUCUGUGUACGCUUACUACGACAAGAUGGUUGUUGGCGAGCCACGAGGCCGCUACAAGAUUCAGAUCGGUUCCUACAGUGGCACAGCUGGUGACUCUAUGACCUACCACCAGAAUAGACCCUUCUCCACGUACGACAAUGACAAUGACGUUGCCGUCACCAACUGUGCCCUGUCGUACAAGGGUGCCUUCUGGUACAAGAACUGCCACCGGGUCAACCUCAUGGGAAGAUAUGGAGACAACAGCCACAGCAAGGGCAUCAAUUGGUUCCAUUGGAAGGGCCACGAGCACUCUGUCCCCUUCGCAGAGAUGAAGAUCAGGCCAGUCAACUUUGGCAACUUAGAAGGCCGGAGGAAAAGAUCGUAGAACUCUCUCUGUCAAAAAACAACCCCUCCCUCUUCCUCAAUCCCACCCAGCUGGUUGCCAGAUCAGCCUAGCUGGCCAAGUACCAGACACCAAGGCCCCAAUUCCCCAUCAAAAACCGGCCUAAGUCACUACGGUAUAGUCCUGACACACUCUAUGGUGACCGGAUAAAAUGGGGCUAUUUUUCUAUACCGAAAAUGUCAUUGUGCACAAAAAACAGGUGGAGGGUUAACUAUAGCGUAAGCCAAGACUGGGCUGGCGCCUCCCUUUUUGAAUAUUUGGGUUUGUCCUGUUUCAUCUCUGGCAGAUUUUUUUUUGUUUUUAAAGUGUUUGUUCUCAUAAAAAAAUUCCUUCCCAUGGAAUUGAUGCUGGUGCUUUUUGACUUAUUUUUUUGUUGGUCAGAUAGUUUUUAUUGAAACAAGUCCCCUUAGAAUCCUGUUGAGUUUUUGGUUCUUUUAUGUGUACUUGUUUGUGAGUUUCAUUUGUUUUUCUUUUAAAAGGUGGAUAAGUCUCACUUUUAUUUCUUUUAUUGAAGAGCUUUUAAAAUAUGUAUGAUUGUUAAUGAAUGUACAGGGCAUAGUGGCUAAAGAUGUUAAAAGCCCCGUAUGUUUAAGUGUGACCAUUACAUCAGAAAACGAUUUAAUAAGCGAUUUCAGCAAUCAGAGAGAGAGAGAGAGAGAGAGAAAGAGAGAGCGAGAAAGUCACAGUCAAUAAAUAUCUGUUGUACAGGGAUAGAAUUUGUGAGUCUUUUUCUGUAUGUGAAGAUUUCUUCUUCGGUAAGAAAACAACAACAUGUUUCUAAAUUGAUAGAUUUUGUAGUCUUUUAAAUGACAGAAAUAAACCUUCUUUAACAAAGUGCCAUGAACUAUAUAUUAAUAAAGCAUUUGCAAUAACAGACCACCAAAAUGUCCAUGGUAGUGGGAGACACCACUGAUUUUCAACAAGCCUGUAAAGUGUUUGCUUGUGUUUUCUGUAAAAUGGAGAGAGAAAAUAUCUGUAUCCCUUAUUACAAUAAAAUACUU